AUGGCGUUUAACGAGCAACCCUCAAAUCCCAAACCCGACUCGGUUCCCGCGGAAGACGUUGCCACCGAUGCUCUCACCGAGCCAGCUUCGGCGCGCCAACUGAUCGAUGAAGCAAAACGCCAUUUUGCUCUCAAAGAAUACGCUGCAGCGUCCGAUAAGCUGGCACUAGCUCUCGAAGAACUGAGCGCGAGUCACGCUGAAGAUGCCGAUGAGCUGGCACCGAUCUUGCAGCUCUACGGUCAGAGCGUGCUCGAGAAUUUCAUCCUCAACUCGGGUGCACUUGGUGGUGGAAGUGGUUCGGCUCCUCUUCCUGCUGCCACUGCAUCUCCUUCCAAGGCGGCCGGCUCAUCUUCUUCAGCAGGUGUGGUGAAGAGCGACCCUAGGUUCAGCUUUACCGGUGAUGCUGAAGAUGACGGUGAUGACGACGAAGAGAGCGCUCCCGAUGCGGGCGCAGCAGAGGCAGAUGACGAAGACGACUUGCAGACAGCUUUCUCGGUUCUCGAUCUGGCCAGAGUGAUCUACAAGCGCGCUCUUGACUCGGAAUCACAGUCUCUAAAGACGUUGGACGGCACCGAGUGGCGCAAGACCCGCAUCCAGGCUGAGCUGGCCGAAGUCAUGAACCUGCUAGGCGAUGUGGGACUCGAGUCAGAAAACUUCACCCAGGCAUCUGCCGACUACCGCUCAAGCCUCAAUAUCCUGCUACCCUUGCUCAAUCGACACUCACGUCGACUGGCUGAUGCGCAUCUGCGUUUGGGUCUUGCUCUUGAGUUCCAUCCAGACGUUGAAGAGCGCAAAGGCGCCAAGCCGCACGUCCAGGCUGCAUCAGAUGUAUUGGCUGCUCGUAUUGCUGCCAUACAAGCGCGCAUCGACAACUCUGCGUCCACAGCAAGCUCUUCGGCAGACGUAAGCAAAGAGCAAGAAAAGGAAAAAGACGAUCUUGCCGACCUUGAUGAUCAGGCUGCUUUGCAGAAGGAACUGUCUGAUGUGCAACAACUCAAGAAGGAACUUGACACCAAAUUGGAAGAGUACGAGACCGACGAUGGACAGGCGCAUCUCAACGGCCAGCCCGAUUUGGCAGGCGUAUUGGGUCUCCCAGCUGACGCUCAAGCCGCCGCAGCCGGCAUAUCGACCAAAGAUGCGCUCCAGCAGGCGAUCAAGGAUGCCUUCCUCGGUGCACACGCCGAGGGUGCUGGCGAACUCAACCCGUUCACCGGUGCAUCAAAGAGUGCCGCUGCAGAUGUGCCAGUCAACAACCUCAGCUCGAUGGUCAAGAGGAAGAAGAAGCCCGAAACGGACGAGACUGCGAUGUCAGCAGCGCCGAAUGAUGGGGAGAUCGACGCUAAGAAGCCUCGUACGCAGGCUUAG